GCGGCGCGCCGACGUCAAAGGCCGCUGCCCGAGGAGAAGGCCGCUGCGGGACUAGGCCGGAGCCCAGCGGCCACCCCGCAGGCUCUGAGCACCGGGGUAGCCCGGUGGCCGCUGUUUACCUCGCGCCGUCCCACCCCUUCGGCAGCCGCGAACCGCCCGAAGCGCGCGGCGCAAUUGGGCCAUCGGCCUGUCAGUCGCCGGGGACUUUCCCAGGGGUGGGGCGGGCACUUCCUCGUCUUCGGACCUGUCCGCCUGCCCUGGUCCGGGAGCCGGAGGGGUGCUGCGGGGCCGGAGCCGGGCCCCGGCCACUGCCCCGUCCCAGGAGCCGAAGAGGGGGGCGCUGUCCCCCCCAAGACCCUGCCCUCAGCCAGGCAGGCGCCACGGCAGGGGCUGCGCCACUCUCAUGGAAGGGAGAGGACCGUACCGGAUCUACGACCCUGGGGGCGGCGCGCCUCCAGGAGAGGCGUCCGCAGCUUUUGAGCGCCUAGUGGAGGAGAAUUCCCGGCUGAAGGAGCAAAUGCAAGGGAUAAAGAUGUUAGGGGAGCUCUUGGAAGAGUCCCAGAUGGAAGCGUCCAGGCUGCGGCAGAAGGCGGAGGAGCUGGUGAAGGACACUGAGCUGCUCCCACCACCUUCUCCCCCCUUGGGCUCCUUUGACCGCCUGGCCGAGCUCACAGGAAAGAACACUGAUGUCCUGGCUCCUUCAGCCGCACCUGCAAGCCCCCGUGACAAGCCAGCCCCAGUGCCCAAACCUCCAUCCAGCGGCACCUCCUCUGAGUUUGAAGUGGUUCCUGCUGAGGAGCAGAGUUCUCCACCUGACAGCAGCGCCUGCGCCAGAAACACCAUGGCGCUGGGCCCCAUGCCUCCUGAGGACAGCAACCUGAUGCUGCACCUGCAGCGGCUGGAAACUACCCUGAGCGUGUGCGCCGAGGAGCCCGACCACAGCCAGCUCUUCACCCACCUGGGCCGCAUGGCCCUUGAGUUCAACCGGCUGGCCUCCAAGGUGCACAAGAACGAGCAGCGCACCUCCAUCCUGCAGACCCUGUGUGAGCAGCUUCGGAAGGAGAACGAGGCCCUGAAGGCCAAGCUGGACAAGGGCCUGGAACAGCGAGACCAGGCUGCUGAGAGGUUGCGGGAGGAAAACAUGGAGCUCAGGAAGCUGUUGAUGAGCACUGGCAGCAAGGAGGGCGCCGCCGGGCAGCCGGGCUCACCGAAGACGGAGGGGGCAGGCGCGAAGGGGGCUGCUGGGCUGCAGCAGGCUGGUGUGGCAGUAGGGAAGGUCCCAGAGGUGGGGCCCUUGGGCACGGCUGAGAAGAAGGUGAAGAUGCUGGAGCAGCAGCGCACGGAGCUCCUGGAGGUAAACAAGCAAUGGGACCAGCAUUUCCGGUCCAUGAAGCAGCAGUAUGAGCAGAAGAUCACGGAGCUGCGUCAGAAGCUGGCGGACCUGCAGAAACAGGUGACUGACCUGGAGGCUGAGCGGGAGCAGAAGCAGCGCGACUUUGACCGCAAGCUCCUCCUGGCCAAGUCCAAGAUUGAAAUGGAGGAGACCGACAAGGAGCAGCUGACAGCAGAGGCCAAGGAGCUGCGCCAGAAGGUCAAGUACCUACAGGAUCAGCUGAGCCCGCUCAGCCGGCAGCGCGAGUACCAGGAAAAGGAGAUCCAGCGCCUCAACAAGGCCCUGGAGGAAGCACUGAGCAUCCAGGGCUCCCCAUCCUCUUCACCAACAGCAUUUGGGAGCCCUGAAGGAGCCACAGGCCUCCUAAGGAAGCAGGAGCUGGUCACGCAGAAUGAGCUGCUGAAACAGCAGGUAAAGAUCUUUGAGGAGGACUUCCAGAGGGAGCGCAGCGAUCGAGAGCGCAUGAAUGAGGAGAAGGAAGAGCUGAAGAAGCAGGUGGAGAAGCUGCAGGCCCAGGUCACCAUGUCCAAUGCCCAGCUAAAAGCACUCAAAGAUGAGGAGAAGGCAAAAGAAGCCCUCAGACAGCAGAAGAGGAAAGCAAAGGCCUCAGGAGAACGUUACCAUGUAGAGCCCCACCCGGAGCACCUCUGCGGGGCCUACCCCUAUGCCUACCCACCCAUGCCAGCCAGGGUGCCACACCAUGGGUUUGACGACUGGUCCCAGAUCCGCUACCCUCCUCCCCCCAUGGCCAUGGAGCAGCCACCCCCGCUCCCCAGUUCACGUCUCUUCCAUCUGUUUUGUCACAGCCGGAAUACACCUGGUUUUCACCCUGUGGAGCGUUGCGGAACCAGAGCUCCCAAGUGAUGGACUCGCCCACAGCCAGGCCAGCAGAACAAGGCUCCACAAAAAAUGACCGCGAGGGGCCUCAGUGAGACCAGACUGUGUCAUGUGGCUCCACCGUCGUCCUGCAGAGCCGGCCGACCUCAGAUGACUGAAAAACUUGAGGCCACGUGUUCUCCGUGGCCAGAGCCUCAGCUGGCAGAAGGCCGAGAUGGGUGGUGCUGGGCGCUCCCAGGCCCACGCAAGACUGUGAGUGAGACCAAGGAGGCUCACCCACAAGGCCCGUCUGAGCAUCGCCAGGAAUAACUCAGCACCCUGCCCCUUGGCUCUGAGUGUCAUCCUUUGCUGAAGCCACCGGGGGACACCAGUCUUGAGAGUGGGAUGCAGCCAGGAUUCCCUUCCUUGCUAAGCCUUCCCAGAAGUGGUUCCAGCCAGACUCACUGUGCGUGUUUAACUUUUGCUUCAAGCUCUGUAGCAGGACCUGUCCCACAUUCAUCCCUACCCCUCUGUGAGGAGCUGCGGGAAGAACAGGUUUGUCGCCAGAGCAGACGAGAGCGACAGGGUGUUGUUCUGCCACCGGGGCCCUCUGCACCAUAGUAGCCUUGCCAAAGCCAUUGCUGCCUGGGCCAAGUCCAGGCCCUCAGCCCCGCAGCUGGAGGCUUCUGGCGCCAGAGGCCAGGAGUGGUGGCUGUCCAUCCCUGGGCAGCUGUUUGCACGAAUCUUGGACAUAAAUCCAAGUUAAAGAUCAA